AAUAAAAAUUAUUUCAAUCAUCAGCUGUGAAGUGGACGCAGCUGAUUUGUCAGAAUGGUUCCAGCCAAUCAAAGCCGUCCACAUGAGAUUCGAUUCUUCCCUGACGUUGGUAUCAUCGACUUGUCUGCCAAUGCCAAUUUGUUUAUUGUAAAUUCCGGCCAAUUAUUAAUAAAAAUCGAACCCCACUGUAUUAUGAUAGUAUAAGUUCGGGCCUUUUCUCCCAUUCCGACACGAUGAACUUCAAGUGGUUCGCUCUAGUUUGGGUUAAUCUGUUGUUUUCGGGAGUUGUGUUUGCGGGUAGAGAUUUUUACAAAAUACUCGGUGUCUCCAAAAGUGCCAGCCUCCACGAAAUCAAAAAAGCGUAUCGUCGUCUCGCCAAGGAAUUGCAUCCAGAUAAGAACCAAGAUGACCCGGAAGCAUCCAACAAGUUCCAGGAUCUGGGGGCUGCUUACGAAGUGCUGUCGGAUGAAGAAAAGCGCAAGAAGUACGACCGAUGCGGCGAAGACUGUUUGCAAAAGGAUGGCAUGAUGGACGGGGGCAUGGACUCUUUUGGCAGCUUCUUCGGCGACUUUGGGUUCCACUUUGGGGGCGAACAACGACCUGAAGCAGCCAGGGGAGCGGAUUUACUCAUGGACAUUCACGUUACUCUUGAAGACCUUUAUACAGGAAACUUCAUAGAAAUAACCAGGAAUAAGCCAGUUAUAAAGCCGAGUCAUGGGACACGUCAGUGCAAUUGCAGGCAGGAAAUGAUCACGAAGAGUCUGGGUCCUGGACGGUUCCAGAUGAUGCAGCAGACUGUUUGUGACGAAUGCCCCAAUGUUCAGUUGGUCAAUGAAGAAAGAACUUUGGAAAUGGAAAUAGAAGCUGGAAUGGUGGAUGGACAAGAAACGAAAUUCACUGCAGAAGGAGAACCUCAUAUAGACGGAGAACCUGGCGAUCUGAUUCUUGCAAUCAAAACCCAGCCUCAUCCAAUAUUUGAAAGAAGGGGCGACGAUCUGUACACAAAUGUCACCAUUAGUUUACAGGAUGCUCUAGUUGGUUUUACCAUUGAACUGCGGCAUCUUGACGGACAUAUGGUUACUAUUAAUCGGGACAAAAUAACCUGGCCUGGGGCCCGAAUUCGCAAGAAAGGCGAGGGCAUGCCGAAUUACUCAAACAACAAUUUGCACGGGGCGUUAUUUAUUACUUUCGAUGUGGAGUUUCCUAAGCAGGAACUGAAAGAUGAGGAGAAGGAAGUAAUCAAGAAGGUUUUCAAUCAACGUUCCAAUAACAAAGUGUACAACGGCCUGCGGGGUCACUGAACAUCAAUGGUAACUAUUAGUAUGUAAAACCUAUUUUGUACAUAAUAAGUAUGUCAGUUUAUUUCGCGUGCGUGUGUAUGGGUUCGAGUUAAAUGUAUUAUUUAUUAAUAGCCACUCCAAGCAAAUGGUUUCGUUGAAGGUGUACAUUAGACAAUUUGUAUCAUAUAAAUGUUUUAAGUGAG